CACUUCCCGUCCGAGACAGAGUGUAAUAUGGCGAAGACCUACGAUUACCUGUUCAAGCUGCUGCUGAUCGGGGACUCGGGGGUGGGGAAGACCUGUGUCCUGUUCCGCUUCUCCGAGGACGCCUUCAACUCCACCUUCAUCUCCACCAUAGGAAUUGACUUUAAAAUCAGAACCAUAGAACUUGAUGGAAAGAGAAUCAAACUGCAGAUAUGGGACACGGCCGGCCAGGAGCGCUUCCGGACCAUCACAACGGCCUACUACCGGGGCGCCAUGGGCAUCAUGCUGGUCUACGACAUCACCAACGAGAAGUCGUUCGACAACAUCCAGAACUGGAUCCGGAACAUUGAGGAGCACGCCUCUGCUGACGUCGAAAAGAUGAUCCUCGGGAACAAGUGCGACGUCAACGAAAAGAGACAGGUGUCCAAGGAGCGGGGAGAAAAGCUGGCCCUGGACUACGGGAUCAAGUUCAUGGAGACCAGCGCCAAGGCCAACAUCAACGUGGAGAACGCGUUUUUCACUCUCGCAAGGGACAUCAAAGCAAAGAUGGACAAAAAAUUGGAAGGCAACAGCCCCCAGGGCAGCAACCAGGGAGUCAAAAUCACGCCCGACCAGCAGAAGAGGAGCUUCUUCCGGUGCGUCCUCCUGUGAGAGGCACCGCCGCCCUGAGCCCCGCUCACCGAGCUGACUGUGCCGCCCCCACGCGGGCCCCCGGCCCCCGGAACGCAAUCGAGAAACCGUUUCAUCCUGGUAACUGCCCGUCUCUUCCACCGCUGGAGAUGGCGUCAGUGGAGAAUCUGCUAUUUUCCCCGUCACGUUGGCCCAACGGGCCCCCGCGCUGGGCCGCCAGGGAGAGACGGAGCCAGCGGGGCCGCCCACAGCCGCCAGCACGGCGGCCCUCGUCUCGGGGCUCCCAUUCCUCAUCCCGCCGGGAAGCCCCCCAAAGCCAGCAGAGGACCCAGGAGUGCCAGGGGCUCCAGCCGCCUUAUGCCCCCACAUCCCCGCCGCCGAGGCCCGGAAGCGCCUGCCCAGCCACCCCGCUCCCACCGUCGCCUCUUCCAUUUCAGACAAGUACCUCUUCUGCCCCCCACCCUCCCGCCCCUUCUUUUUAACUGGCAAACCAAAGGGAAGCACAAAUUCAGAAAAUCCCGUGUGGCACUCAGAAGGGAGGAAGUGCGGCCAGGCCUUUCCUGUUCUCGACCAGGCUCUGGUCUCCAGGUCCUUCCGUGCCCUUCCAUGCCCCUGCCACAGUGAGCAGGCGCACCCCGUGGUCCCUGGGCGAGCUUUGAGGGGAUGCCGCCAGAGACCCUGAAAACAGGCCCCGUGGCCUGUCCCACGAUCAGCCCCUCCUCCCCGUCCCCCCACGGUCUCCCAAUCGGACUCUUCCUCGCGGAGGUCGUUUCUCCAGAUCUGUAGUGCCACGAAGUGAUUCCGGCUCUGCUUCCCAGCAGCAGGCCCAGCCGCCAGGACCAAGCACACGGCUCCAGCCGGGCGAGGCCCCAGGAGCGAGGCGGAAUGUUCCAGAGGGCAGGCCGGUCACGGGGCAGGUGCUGCCCCGGCAGCUCCGCCUCCUCCUGAGAGACCGUGCCGUUGGGACCAGGUGCCCAGGGAGGGGGCCACCAAUCACCGAGAGAGCCUUCGGUCCCUUUCCUUGCCCCCCACGCUGCAUCAUUCCAAGCCGUUGCGACGUAACGGCUCCAGUUUCCGAGUUAAAACCAACCUACCAGCAAUAGUCUGCUCUCCCCUGGGAUCUUUAACCUGCUCUGUUUACAUCUAUAAAUGCACUUAAGGAAUACAAACAAAUUAAAGCUCAUUUUAAAGUUA